GAGACGGUAGGAUCGGCGUCGAAAUGUGGUAUCUGCAUGCAGCCUUGCCCUCUCCGCGCUGCUGAUAGUUGUGUCACGUGUGUGGCGUGAAUGUGUGGCCCUGAUAUUGUCGUGGAAUUACUGUCACACCGCGGGUGUCUACUGGUGGUGAUGUGCAAGUGAGCGGCGACGCGCACCUUACUCUCGAGUGGUGUCCGAGUUGUCAGUCUCUACUUGGCCUAAUUGCCCUAGGCCUCUCUCCAAUUAACCAGAGCCCCCUUGCCCGCUAAUCUCCCGAGACGUAAACCAAACAGCCUGUCUCCUUGCCACCGUAUAGUUGUUGGAUAGUGCAGUGAGUUCUGUGUAUUUGGUGAGAUUGUUUCAUGUCACGAUGCAUCUGUCACAGAUUUCCGCUUUGCUACUCGUUUUGGAUAUCUCUUCUAUUAAAGGAUUUCCUUUCGUGGGUUCUGCCACCGGAAACAGUGUAACCAACUCUAGUAUAUUUCCAUACUUCGACUACAAUGUGCAGAGGAACGUAACGACGGCUGUUGGCCAGAGUGCUUUCCUUCACUGUAGGGUUGAACAGCUCGGAGACAAAGCCGUAUCGUGGAUACGCAAGCGAGACCUCCAUAUCCUGACAGCUGGCGUCCUUACAUAUACAAGCGAUCAAAGGUUCCAAGUGAUCCGACCGGAGAAGUCUGAGAACUGGACUCUCCUUAUAAAAUUCCCUCAGCAGAGAGAUUCCGGUAUAUAUGAAUGCCAGGUCAACACAGAACCCAAGAUGAGUCUCGCAUUCUGGCUGAACGUUGUCGAAUCGAAAGCUCGAAUAUUGGGUCCAUCAGAACUGUACGUAAAGACUGGGAGCAGCGUGACCAUCACUUGUGUGAUAUCUCAGGGGCCGCACGACCUCGGAACCGUAUUCUGGUACCGGGGAUCCCAAAUAGUUGAAGAGGGUCCGCUUCCUGCUCAGGGGCCACCCAGAGUCCACAUACAGACAGAGUGGACGGACGCGCUCACAUCACGCCUCCACAUCGCGCGGGCUGUCGUCGCUGACACUGGCAACUACAGCUGUGUACCCACCUCUGCUGAGACGGCCAGCGUCAAUGUGCAGAUCAUCAGCGGAGAACACCCAGCGGCUAUGCAGCACGGCAACAAGAACACGGCAAGUCUACGUGUGUGCCUGCCCUCAGCACUAGCCUCUGUUACUCUCUCGCUCCUGUUGGUCAAGAGGCUCAGGUGAAACCCGCAGUCACCACCUCGCACACUCUCCGGUAGUCAAUGAGCUUUCCACCUGUACAGUCUAGUAUUCUAUCGUUUCUACAUACUUCAUGUACAUAGUUAUGGAUAUGUUUUGUCAAAUGAUGUGAGCACAAAAUAUAUUUCACAAAAUGAUCAGUAAGAAAAACAUGCGUGUUUGAUUAUCAAUUUACAUAUCACAGUUAAUGUAAUCCUGGAUAAUAACUGAAAAUAGUAUGUGCUACGUUCUGAUCAGUGGGUAUGUAAAUUUGAACAGGAAUGAUUUACUAUAUGUAAAACUUUUUACGUUUUAGUUAUUACAUCUUAUUCAUAUUCAUAAGUGAUAUACAUUACACCAGUUUAGGUUUAUAUAAACAUUCCGGCAGACUUUGAAUGUGAAAACGAUUUUAUAUAACGAAAAUUGUAAAAAUUGUAUAACUUAUACUGAGGAGUGUACUUGACUAUUGUCAUUCUUAGUUUAUUAUUUGUUAUAUUUUACAUACAUAAUUAUCAAUAUUUGAUCUGCCUAUGGCAUAUUCAAUAUAAUUAUAUAUACAUAAAUUAUACAUCAUACAAUCACUAACACUUGGAUUUCA